CUGGGGGGCUGCCUUCUCCGCGCCUGUUGAUUAUUUCAUCGCUGCCGCUUCUCUGCACACAGUUCCUCUAGCAAUCUCAGCUGGAACUUGACGAAAUUCGAUCAGCUGCGUCUCAUCGCCGCGACUGCAAAAAAUCUUUCUAGUCGAUCAAGAUCGGCUCGCCGCUGCCGGCAACUGAAGCUCUUGCGACUUGUCGCGUUGCAAUCCGCCUCGUGUUUUCCUAGUUUUCGUUGCCCACCACGGCCCUCGCCAGGACUCUUUCUUCGUUGCCCCUCACCUGCUUAUCGCUUGGGUGUUUCAAACCGGAUCUACGAUAGCAUUGGCGCUCUAGUCACAGUACACGUCGCCCAAAAUGUCAACCCACCGGCCGAAUGCUUUCAAUAGCUUGCGGAUGGGAGAGGUCAUCCGCGAGAGAGUUCAAGAUGGUGUCACCGGCGAGACUAGAGAUCUGCAGUACACUCAGUGCAAGAUUGUUGGAAAUGGCUCGUUCGGUGUCGUCUUCCAAACCAAGCUUUCACCAUCCGGCGAAGAUGCUGCCAUCAAGCGAGUCCUCCAAGACAAACGAUUCAAGAAUCGUGAGCUCCAAAUCAUGCGAAUUGUUCGACACCCGAAUAUCGUUCAGCUGAAGGCUUUCUAUUACUCGAACGGCGAACGUAAGGAUGAGGUCUAUCUCAAUCUGGUCCAGGAAUUCGUUCCUGAGACUGUCUAUCGGGCAUCUCGUUUUUUCAAUAAAAUGAAGACCACCAUGCCCACGUUGGAGGUCAAGCUGUACAUCUACCAGCUUUUCCGAGCCCUUGCCUACAUCCACUCUCAGGGCAUCUGCCACAGAGACAUCAAGCCUCAGAAUCUCCUUCUCGAUCCCAACAGCGGAAUUCUUAAGCUGUGCGACUUUGGCAGUGCUAAGAUCCUGGUCGAGAACGAGCCUAACGUCUCAUACAUAUGCUCGCGGUACUAUCGUGCACCCGAGCUCAUUUUUGGUGCUACUAACUACACCACCAAAAUUGAUGUGUGGUCCACUGGAUGUGUCAUGGCUGAGCUGAUGCUUGGUCAGCCUUUGUUCCCAGGUGAAUCUGGUAUUGACCAGCUGGUUGAGAUCAUCAAAGUUCUCGGCACGCCGACCCGGGAGCAAAUUCGCACCAUGAACCCCAACUACAUGGAGCACAAGUUCCCGCAGAUCAAGCCGCACCCCUUCAACAAGGUCUUCCGAAAGGCUGACGCCAAUGCCAUCGAUCUCAUCUCCCGAUUGCUGGAGUACACACCAACCGAGCGUCAAGCUGCCGUCGACGCCAUGGUACACCCCUUCUUCGAUGAACUCAGGGAUCCCAACACCAAGCUGCCCGAUUCCCGUCAUGGAACUGGUCAACUGCGAGACUUGCCAGAUCUCUUUGACUUCACUCACCACGAACUCUCCAUCGCUCCCCAGCUCAACCAGCUUCUCGUACCAGCGCACAUGAAGCCCGUUCUAGCCGCCCGAGGUCUUGAUAUUGACAACUUCACGCCGAUGGCGAAGCAAGACAUGCUGGCCAAAUUGGACUGAGCCACAUGUCGGCCAGAUGGAGUAUGGCUCGUUACUGCUGUACUCGUCGAAGCGCUUGGUGUCUCUGGAAGAUUAAAUCCUGUCCUCGCUCCAGUACGGAGCUUUGGGUGAUGCCAAGGGUAAUGGCUCGCUGUUAUACUUAGGCCAUGCUGAGAGAAUGGAGGAUGAAAUAUACGCCCAAAGCUUUUGCUGCGUUGGAGCCUACGCGCUCAGCACCGGGGGGACAGGCGAGAUGGUUUUUGCUGUCUGUUGUGGAAAGGAGGGCUUCGGAAACUGUCUCAAAAUUGGCAAGGAAUGGAGGCGUUUUAUUUUUUGUUUUGGUCCCCUAAAAACCUUAGUUUUCCUGGCAGGAAACUAGGUCAUCCGCCAGUACGAGGGAGGCUGCAUUGAUGCGCAUCUCAGGGAAUCACUUUUUUAGACCACGUUUGAUGCAUGAUGGAGCUGGCUGUUACUUUGUUUCUUUUCUUCUUUUUUCCUGUUGUCGUGUUACGAGGCUCAGUGCAGUGGAAAUGGAGGAUUAUGGGGCCGACGGUUUCGGAUGUCGACCUUGUGUGUCUUUGACAACAGUGUCUCCUUUUUCGCCUCCAACGCAUCGGCGUACAGCGGGAGAGGGAAAUCGGGGGUCAGAGGAAACGCUGAAAUUGCUGGACCAGAUUUGAUAUCUUGGAUCGCGGGAUAUAGAACCCCUGCAGCAAAGCCCGGAUGUCGCAGACAAUGGAUGGGGAAAAUGAGCUUUAGCGGGAUAUUAGGACAGGCAUCGUUUAAACAGAUGAAAAAAGGAAUGGGAGAUGGAUUUUUACUACUACUAUGAGAGCACUUAUGGAAACGUUUUACUGAUCCUGGGAUUGAAAAUAAACAAUUUGAAAUGGACACACAAAGAAAAAGAGAGAAAAAAAAAAAAACAGGUGCAGCGAGCUAGACGAGCUGUCAAACAACACAUCGUCUGAAGAGGGCUAGGAGCGAUGCUGGCCUAUUUGCAGUGGAUUUUUCUUUUAGGGAGACAGAAGAUGAUAAAUAGCAUUUACACUAGAAUCAUCAAUGAGCUGAUUGAACGUUGGGAUGUGUGAGGGCUAAUGAGCAUCUGAGAACACUAGUUUGCUGUCUACUGAUCAGCAUUUAAACGAUGAUAGCACGAGUUCCUGCAGCCGGCCUAAAAGGGAUAUUGGGAAGAAAAAAGGUUACGUCGUGCAAG